UCUCUUUCCUCCUCUUUUCUUCUUCUUUUCCUUCGCUGUUUCUUGUUUCUUUUUUUCUUCCUCUUUCCUUCUUUGGGAAAGCUUCACACUUAACCUUUCCAAUGGCGACUGAAGCACCAGAGCAAGCCCCCCAAGCCGAUGGAGUCCAAUCUCUUUCAAUUUCCGAGGCUUCACCAUCCAGCUCUUCAAAUCCAACCAUCCAUUUGGAGGAGAAGUUCCAGAUGUUGAGGAGCGUGGCAGAGGAAUGUAUUCAAGACUACGAGGUUCGGAAUUUGCUGGCUCAUAAGUCCGAACCCAUCGCCUAUGAUGGGUUUGAACCCUCCGGUCGAAUGCAUAUAUUGCUCAGUAGUUGAUUUUGAACAAGAUUUGAUACUUUUUGUGGAGAGAAGAUACUCAAAUUGAGACUCUGCAGUGUGUUAUUCUCGUGUAUUGAUUAUUUGGAUUGCAACGGACUUUCUUGUGUUUUGAAAGAAUAAUUGUUAGUAAGAAAAUUAAGGGCAUGUUUUCAUU